UAUGACAAAUACCCGAUGGGCACAAGAAAGUUCCUUAAUCAUUCGAAGUCAAACUCUCAAGUUAGUCUAGUUUUCAGGCAGAAACAAAACUGUGAUCAAAUACAACUGCAACACCGUAAAAUUCAGAAUGCAUCAAUGGAAAUCUUAAUCAUUCUUCUCUUCUCAUUCUUUCUAACAUCAGCAAAAGCCAUUGACACAAUAUCUCCAACUCAGUCUAUCAGAGAUGGUGGUCAGACCAUAGUUUCAGCUGAUGGCUCCUUUGAAUUGGGAUUUUUCAGCAUCAAAUCUAAUAGAUAUUUGGGUGUAUGGUUCAAAAAGAUUUCUCAGGGAACUGUUGUCUGGGUUGCCAACAGACAAAUUCCGCUUUCGAAUUCAUCUGGAUUACUUCAAUUUGAUGACAGGGGAAGUCUUAUUCUUCUGAAUCACGAAAACUUGACCAUAUGGUCUGCUAAUUCAUCAAGACCUGUGCAGAAUCCUAUUGCACAGCUUCUGGAUUCUGGAAAUUUCGUUAUCAGAGACGAAAAAGAUGUUGACCCGGAAAAUUACUUGUGGCAAAGUUUUCGUCAUCCUGACAAAACAUUUAUGCCCGGAAUGAAAAUCGGAAGACUGGCUGGAGGCUUGGAAGUUAAUAUAACUUCAUGGAAGAGCUUAGAUGAUCCUUCUAAAGGUGAAUACAGUUAUCAGCUUGAUUCCUCUGGUUCGCAGACGACUAUUGCAAGAAAUUCAGUUCUCACAGGCCGAUCAGGACCAUGGAAUGGUAUCGGGCAGAGUGGAUUCCCUUUCUUAAGACCGAAUACAAUUUUUAACUACUCGUUUGUUAUGAGCGUAAAAGAGGAUUACUAUACUUUUGAGAUGGUCAACAAAUCAGUAUUUACAAGGCUUGUCUUGAAUGAAAUUGGCGUCUUGAGCCGGUAUGCAUGGAUAGAGCGGACCCAGCAGUGGCAGCGUCUCUCAUAUGCACCAGCAGAUAAUUGUGAUACUUAUGAUAUAUGUGGUGCUCAUGGCAGUUGUGAUGUCACCAAAACACCUGUAUGUUCGUGUUUGAAUAGAUUCGUGCCGAAAUUAGAAAAUAACUGGAAUUCAGCAGAUUGGUCCGAUGGCUGCGUUAGACAGACACCAUUGGAUUGCGAGAGAGGAGAUGGGUUCAUAAAGUAUUCGAAUAUUAAAUUACCUGAUAUGCUAAAUUAUUCAACCAAUUCGAACUUGACCAUGGAGGAAUGUGAGAUGUUCUGCUUGAAAAAUUGUUCCUGUAUGGCCUACGCCAGUUCGAAUAUUGUUACUAGAAGAGGAUGCUACUUUUGGUUCGGAGACCUUAUUGAUAUCAAAAAGUUUAACGACGAUGGUGGGCAAGAUAUUUUUAUUAGGAUGGCGUAUUCUGAAUUAGAUGAGAGCUCUAGUUCAAAGAAACGUAGGGUGCUCGUAGCAAGCCUAGUAUCAUCAGCAGGAACUUUUCUGCUUAUCCUGUGUAUAUGCUUGUUCAUAAGGAAUAAAAGGAGAAAGCAGAAGAAAAAUUCACAAGGGAGGUGGGAAAACAAUGCAGAAGAAAACUACUCUACAGACAACCACGACGAGGAUCUAGAACUACCUCAUUUUGACUUCAUUGUAGUGGCUCGAGCUACCAAUAACUUCUCAUUCGAUGGUAUGCUUGGAGAGGGUGGCUUUGGACCUGUCUAUAAGGGCAUGCUUAGAGAUGGACAAGAAGUUGCGGUGAAGAGGCUUUGCAAGGAAUCUAGACAAGGGCUUCAUGAAUUCAUGAAUGAACUCAAAUGCAUUGCUAAACUUCAGCAUCGGAACCUAGUCAAGCUACUUGGAUACUGCGUUUAUCUAGAUGAAAGAAUGUUGAUCUAUGAAUAUAUGCCUAAUAAAAGCCUCGACUGCUAUAUAUUUGAUGAUAACCAAAGCAAGCUUCUAGACUGGAAUGUGAGGUUCCGUAUCAUCAUCGGGAUAUCAAGAGGACUUCUGUAUCUCCAUCAAGACUCUAGACUGAGAAUAAUUCAUAGAGACCUCAAAUUAAGUAAUGUAUUACUAGACAAAGAGAUGAAUCCGAAAAUCUCAGAUUUUGGAAUGGCUAAAAUUUUUGGGGGUAAUGAAACUGCAGCAAAGACAAAACGAGUAGUAGGAACAUACGGGUAUAUGUCCCCAGAGUAUGCUUUUGAUGGCUUAUUCUCAAUGAAAUCCGAUGUAUUUAGCUUCGGUGUUCUAGUGCUGGAGAUAAUCAGCGGACAGAGAAAUAGAGGAUUUACUCAUCCGGACCACGAACUUAACCUUCUUGGACACGCAUGGAAGCUGUUCAAAGAAGGAAGAUAUCUAGAGCUUAUCGACGAUUCAACAAUGGAAACUUGCAGCCUAUCAGAAGUAUUAAGAACAAUUCAUGUUGGUCUGUUAUGUGUACAACAUAAUCCAGAAGACAGACCGAACAUGUCAUUAGUGGUUCUAAUGUUGAGCAGUGAAGGUCCAUUGCCUGAACCUAACGAACCGGGAUUUUUCACCGAAAGGAAAUUAUUAGAAGGAGAAUCAGCCUCCAGCAAACAAAAUCUAAAUUCUGUAAAUGAACUCACAAUUACAUUGAUUGAUGCUAGAUGAAUUGUGCCGUAUAUGCAAAAUGAAAUUUAAGAUCAAAAUAACCAUUUUUGUAAAAAUCAUACAAACUCUGGCUAAGAUUAGAGUGGACCAUUUUUGUAAAAGUCUGCAACAAUUAUAAUAAUGUUGGAUGUUAUAGAA